AUGCGAUCCCCAGACUCUCAGACGUUCCAAGUGGCCAUGUGGUUCACAUCAGAUGCUCCUUGCAGACGAACCAGUCCAAAUCCACUGCCGACUUCAUUCCAUCGCCUCCAGAGUAACCUCUUUGUUUCCCCAAGAUCCACUCAAGAGCCCAAACAACAUCGGCUUUGUCUCAUGGCGAUUGGCCGGGGCGGCUGUAGACAUGCAGUUGGAUCAGACCAGCCACCACAUCACUCCGGGAUGAGCAUGUUCGGUCUGCUUUCAUCCGUGAUGAUUGGCUCGAGACGGCCGGCCGGCCGGCUACCCCACACUCCCCGAGCCAAUUUUCCUCAAAUGAUACGACGCCGAGCAUCUACCCCGGUCGAUCGUGGGUUGUCUGGGGUUAAAGUCGCCUAG